GUCAUGUGACCUCAGGACCCGUAUGUGCUUGUCUCCGUAACACUGGAGAACGCGAGAUGAUGUCGGAUGGGACGGAGUGUACUGGAGUAACUUUGUCUGUUAAAUCCGCCAAGACAUAAAACAGCCACACAGCACACGCUCCCGGCACUCACUGAAGAAAGGAGGCUUGCAUCACUCUUAAAGCGGCUCGCUUCGGCUCGUGUGUUUGGUCUGCGGCGCGCGGAGCCGGAUGUCGGCGCACAGAGGCGGACCCUAGAGAGACGGAGACGGGCUCGGCAGCUGCGCGCUUACCGCAUACCGUCGGGGAUGUUAUCGGUACUCUCCUAUGGCAGGAUCGUGGCCAGGGCUGUCCUGGGCGGACUCUCGCAGACGGACGGCAGAGAUUACAGCCUGGUCACGGCCAGCUGCGGCUUCGGAAAGGACUUUCGGAAGGGGAUCCUGAAGAAGGGCAUGUGCUACGGCGACGACGCCUGCUUCAUCGCCCGGCACAAGUCCGCGGAUGUCCUCGGUGUUGCGGAUGGCGUCGGGGGCUGGAGGGAUUACGGCGUGGAUCCGUCGCAGUUCUCCGCCACCCUGAUGAGGACGUGUGAACGUCUCGUGAAGGAGGGCCGCUUCACUCCCAGCAGCCCCGUGGGCAUCCUGACCUCCGGCUACUAUGAGCUCCUGCAGAACAAAGUACCGCUGCUGGGGAGUAGCACAGCUUGUAUAGUCGUUCUGGAUCGUCGGAGUCACAGGAUACACACUUGUAAUCUGGGAGACUCCGGCUUCUUGGUGGUUCGGGGUGGAGAGGUGGUCCAUCGGUCAGACGAGCAGCAACACUACUUCAACACACCCUUCCAGCUGUCCAUAGCCCCGCCGGGGGCAGAGGGCCUGCUGUUGAGUGACAGUCCUGAGGUGGCAGAUAGCGCCUCCUUUGAUGUCCAGUUAGGGGACAUUAUUUUAACCGCUACUGACGGCCUCUUCGACAACAUGCCUGACUACAUGAUCCUGCAAGAACUCAAGAAACUUAAGAACACCAACUAUGAUAGUAUCCAGAAGACUGCCCGCAGCAUCGCUGAACAGGCCCACGAGUUGGCCUAUGACCCCAACUACAUGUCCCCUUUCGCCCAGUUUGCCUGUGACAAUGGGUUGAAUGUAAGAGGGGGGAAGCCUGACGACAUCACAGUGCUUCUGUCCAUCGUGGCAGAAUACACAGACUGAGCUCGCUCUUCUCUUACACCUGUGUCUUCCACCCCUGCCCUCUUGCACUGCUCCCCAUCUCACAUCUCACAUCUCCCCUUUCCAUUCUUCCAUCUCUCGAGUAGAUCUCCAGUCAACGCAGGGAGGAGGAUAGUGUGAACUCGUUGGUGUGGGUGGUGAUGCAAGCGGUACAAACUGUCCAAAAUUGAUGACCUCACUUUUGUCCAAAAGGAUUUUGGGAAUCUUCAACCUGUGUUGUGAAUGAGUCAUUUCUAGUUUUCCAAAGGGGAAGGAGAGCCAUGCAUUACCCACAAAAAGUGGUUUCUUUUUGAAGAAGCUGUUAUAUUCACUCGUGUAGUUUGUGCAAAUGAAAAGUUGUUGUUAAAUGCUUGGUUGUCUAUGUCUUGAGAGAGAAUUUAAGCUUCUCUGAAGUCUAUAUGAGCUGGAGUGCCUCUGUGUUUGUGUGUGUACGUGUAUAACAUGUCCUGUUUGGUUGUCGGUCAACUUUGGUUAAGCUGUAACAGAAAGGUAGGUUAAAGUUCAGAAAGAGGCCAGGCUAGAUUUAAACCUGUUGGGAAAUGCAAGUGCUGGUUAGUUCUGUUCAGACAGAAUAUCUGCCUCUAGUUAGACAACCUUCCCCUACACUGUCACUUUGUGAGGUCACGGAUGAUGGAUUGCAAGUCCAAAGGUAUGAAGGAGAUGGGCUAUAAAUGUACAGCUUGUGUAUGGUUCUAUAAGAUCGAGACUUAACUGCACAGACAUCACAGACUUAGUCAGGGUCGUGCCAUAUUUAAGUUUUCACAGGAAUGAAAAUGAGGCUGUGAGGGACAGAAGUACAGCGCUUUCAGUGGGUUGUACUGUUGUUUAACUACAUGCUGAUGAAACAUCUUUCCAAAAAACAUUCAGUAGAUGAAAACUCUAUAAAACAGUUUUUAAAGUUGUGAUUUGGUGAAAAUUACCUAAUCUAGGACCUUUAUAUAUUGCAUGCCUUUAUAAAAUCUAUCCUUCACAUCCUUGUUUUCAAUAUGGCGUCAAACCUGAUGAAGGUCUGUACCAGAGAAUGUCACAAUCUGCUGAUAGACAGAUAGACAGCUCACGGGGACAGUGGAUGUUGACUGUGAAUGCGUGUUGGAUGUAUAUUUACAUGACUUCACCUCUCGACCCUCAGAGUUUGAAAGUCUACACGCACAAAUGGCUAGCAUCUGGCAAUGCUUUUCAUGAAUUGGAAGGUCAGGUAUAUAAAAAAAAAAGUUUUAUUUUUAUAAAUAUUUAGCUUUUAGUAGAAAAGAUUUAACAGAAUGCAGAAUUUAGGGAGCGCUGGUCUUUACGGAUCGACUGUAAGGCCCUUCAGCGUUUUCUAUGCUCCCUAGCAAGGCUUGGGUUAUUUUUUUAACUGAAGGGUAUCUAACGCUUUUUGUUUUUUUCCAGUGUCGCUCUAAAUUGGUUCUAGAGAACUUUUUCACAUUCAUGUGCUGCUUUAAUUUUGUAAAUUAUAAAUGUGUGAGUGACUACAUUAUUUAUAUGAAUGUUUUUACCUGUACAAUAAAAAAUGGGUGACUGAUGGGGAUUUUAUUUCACAAAAGUGACAAUUCAUGCAGACCGUUGAGUGUGAUUGGCUUGCAGUCUUUGGAUAAAAUGGAACACUGAUUCUAUGAAAAGCAUUAACUAUACAUAAGUUAUAUUUUUGUCCAGUUUAUUGAGGUUGGAGAAAAUUGUAAUAUUGUUGAUAUUGUGCAUGCCCAGGAUGGCAAACCUCAGUCAAGUAUGCAUUCAAUUGGGUAGAAAUGACUGAUAUAUGUAUAGCCCAUGAAUAAAUGUGCUUUUAAGCUUUAUAUUUGAAAUCCUGUGUAACUAAACAUGGAGGUUUGCCAUCCUGAUAUGUCCCACAAAGGCAUGGCUCUACAGACAAAGAGGACUAUAAUCAAGUCCUCAGUUGUGCCUGCAACACAGUUUGACCAGAACUGUGGUCUCUUAUUACGUGUGACAUCUUGUGGGUUGUGUUCAUGUUGAAAUUAACAUCUCGAUCCACAUUGUGUAAUCGGUAAAGAAAACCAAAGCACGAAAGCCAUAAGACCAUUAUGACCAAUGUAUUCUCACCCAACGUCUCACUGUCAUCUACAAAGACUGCAGAUGAAUUGUUAAAUGUUGAGAGCAUCUGCCAGAAUCACCAACGUGUCCCAUGUCUGCUUUUCUUUAUAAAUAAAUGAAAUGGAAAUCAACUAAGCCAGUCAUGUGUAACGAUUAUUAAGAUCAGUUGAGUACUUGAUGAUUAAAAAUGUGUGAUAUAGGUCGAAAA